UUGAUAAACGAAUCAAUCUAGAUCUUGACUAGUUUCUUUCAUUUGUGUUUUGCUUCCCUUCCCUUGCUCUGCAAAAGAAGUACAUGAUCUCUUGUUGCAAGCUACCUUCUCCUCGUCCAUGGCGUGCAUCAACCUAAAUCUCGACGUAGACGUCAACAGUUGCGUGAGCGGGCUGUGGGCAUCGCUGCCAGUACUGGGCAGGCCAAAAUCUGGCAUCCAGAAAUUGGAGAAGGAAAUGGCAAGAUUGAGAGGUAAAAGGGACGACAUCAAGAAGCAGAUCGACCAGGCGGAUCGCCAAGGGAAAAUUCCGACCAACGAAGUGAGCCAGUGGCUACGGGAGGUGGAGGAACUGGAAGGCCAAGUGGCUGCUAUCAUCCAGGAUUUCCAAAGCAUGAGUUUCUUCAGUUGCAAUUGCUUCAAUCAAACCGGCAGCACGUCGAGUCAAACACAGCAAGCAGGAGAUCAGGUCUCUAUCGGAGAGUCAUCAAACUUCUGCUCCAUCAUUCGAAGAGUGGCGAAGAAGCUCGGCGAGGCUACUGAAUUGACGAACAGAGCUGGUGCACUGGAUCCGAUUGCCACAGUUGGGCCUCCGGAACCCACCGUGAUGCUUCCUAUCGCACACCAACCGCCUGUUGGGAUCGAGUCGUAUGUGGAGGACAUUGUGGGCUACAUCAAUGGUGGAGAAGGCAACAUCAUAGGCAUCUUCGGAAUGGGUGGUGUCGGUAAGACGACCAUAUUGGAGAGCAUCCAACAAUAUUAUCUUCAUGACCAUACCAUAUUUGAUCAUGUCAUUUGGGUUGUGGCCUCCAAAGGCUGCCAAUUGAAAAAACUCCAGAUUGAUAUUGCUAAGAGCCUAAAACUGGAUACACUGGAGAAGAAUGACGAUGAACGAACCUGUGGUGAUAAGUUGUUUAGCUAUUUGAAGGACAAGAAUUGCUUGCUGCUUCUCGAUGACAUUUGGGAACGUUUGGAUCUUCAACUGUUGGGGAUGGCACACUCGGCUACUGAGCGAGGCCAACAACAGCAGAAGCAUCCACGUAAAGUCGUGGUAUUAACGACCCGCAGCGAGACAGUGUGUGCACAAAUGAAAGCAGAAAAGAAGAUCAAAGUCAGAUGUCUGGAUUCAGAACAAGCAUGGCAACUCUUUGAGCAGAACAGCGAUGGGGAUGUUCUCAGCUCAGAUGCUGGAAUUAAGUUCAUUGCCGAAGAACUUGCUAAAGAAUGUGCAGGCCUUCCGCUAGCUCUUGUCACCGUCGCUCGUGCCAUGUCAGGAAAAAGGUCUUGGGAAGUUUGGAAUGACGCUUUCAAUCAAAUAAGGGAUAAACAUGAAUGGACAACCGUAUGUCUUCCAGAAGAUUCACUCGUCAUGUAUAAAGCCUUCAAACUGAGCUAUGACAGUUUAGAGAAUGACUCCAUAAGAGAAUGCCUUUUGUGCUGCGCUUUGUGGCCUGAAGAUUAUGAGAUCAACCAAUUCUCUGAGUUGAUACCGUGUUUGAUAGGUUGCGGCAUAAUUCGUGAAUUUAAUGUGAUCAAUGAAGCUUUCGCACAAGGAUGUUCGCAUUUGGAAGCUCUCAUGGCUACAUCCUUGCUAGAGAAAUGUAAUAACAUCAACACUCCUUAUGAGGAUACGCUUGUAAAGAUGCACGAUGUCAUCCGAGACAUGGCACUAUUGAUGGUCUCUAGUUUGGAGAGGAACAAAAGAAAAUGGAUUGUAAAAGCAGGAAUCGGAUUACUUAAUUUGCCUAGACAAGAAGAAUGGCAACAAGCAGAGCGAGUAUCAUUCAUGAACAAUCGGAUUACUUCUUUACAAGAGUAUGGAGCUUCCACUUUUCCAAAACUUUCUAUGUUGAUUCUCCGUGAAAACAUGGACCUGGAAGCAAUUCCUUCGAGCUUGUUGAAAAGCAUGCCUCAUUUGACAUACUUGGAUCUUAGUUUUUGUAGUAUAAUAGAGCUUCCGAUGGAGAUCGGUAGCUUAACUGAGCUUCAAUAUUUAGACUUAUCCUACAAUUCUAUUGCAAAACUACCGGCCGAGUUGGGUUGCUUGUGCAAAUUAGAGUACUUGCUUCUAAGUUAUAUGCCUCUUGAGAUUGUACCCAAUGGGACGAUAUCCAAUUUAUUAAUGCUCAAGUGGCUAGAUAUAAGCGACAAUUAUAUUGUACCCGAGUGGUGGUGGGAUGAGUUGGAAUGUUUUAAAGGGCAUCAUCAAUUAAGUGUGGCAAUUAACAUUAAUGCUACAACAGAUAGCAUUCAGCGACUCAACAUGUUACCAAAUGUCUCCAUAUGGAGACUCACUUUGGAUGGAGAGAAUGUUUCAAAACUUCCAAAUUACGAUCUGGGCACUCCACAAUGGGGUUGCAGGGUAAGUGACAAGCUUGAUAUUCUGAACAUUAUAGAUCUCAGAGUAAGCAGAUUAGUGUUGGCUGCAGGCAUGGGUCGGGAAUCAAGUUUUGGAUGUUUAAAGCGCCUCCAUUUUGAAUGCCUAGAACUAUUGGUAGAGAUUUCAUUGAAUAGAGUUCGGCUCUACAACCUUCGUCAAAUAUAUAUUUAUAGUUGUGACAUGUUGAAGGAUGUUUCUUGGGUUCUCCAACUGCCAUGCCUUAAUUUUCUACGGAUAGAAUGUUGUCGAAAAAUGAAGGAACUAAUAAGUGAGGUAGGGAACUCCAAUUCCAUCUCUAGCUCUAGCUCUAUACAGAGUUUGAUUUUGGGCUACUUGCCGAACCUUAAUUGCAUUGCAAAUAGACCGCUCCAUUUUCCCUACUUGGAAUAUAUAGAUGUGAAAGGCUGCCCAGAACUCAAAAGAUUACCAUUUGGGAUUGAAAUGUUGAAGAACAGAUUAAAAUGGAUUCGUGGUGAAGAGUAUUGGUGGAACAACUUGGAUUGGGAUGACGAGAGCAUCAAGGAUUCCCUGACUCCUUAUUUUAGGCCACAAAUUUCGAAAUGAAGCACAGGCCUUUUGGCCAAGGAGGCUAUAGGACGUUCAAUGUUUUGAUCGUCGUGAAUGGUCAAAUUGAUGGAUUCUUUGGUUGGUUGGUUGGACAUGUAUUUAAAUUUGAUUGAUGAUUCCUAGCUUGUUAAUUGGGCAUCUCUUUAAUGUUUUAAAAUUUGGUCAUUGAUAUUGUCUUCUUAACUUUACUUCAUCAUGAAGGACUUUCAGUUCAUAUAAUGUUAUAGUUUUAAUUUUGUUUGAUA